CCUCCGCAUGUUUGGCGUGGAAAAAGUUGUAUUUUGGAAAUUUACCGAAGUUUUUUUCUGAGAAAAUUUAAAAUUUCAACAGUUAUUAUUGAGUUUGUGUAACUUUAAGUUAAAAUGUUUUCGUUUUCCUUCAAUGUUUCGGAAAAUAGUCAAGAUGGUUCCGAGGAUGCAACAGCUCUUGCAGCACAAGAUUCAUCAAUCGAUGAAUUCGAAUGCAUCGAACUAAAAAUUCCGGAAGGACUACGCAAGGGCUUUGCCAUCGAUCCGGAUAACUUGCAUGUUUUCCUGGCCAGUGUUAACAUGCAGGUGGAAUACAUCAACUGCCUGACGAUCCCGAAAGAGGACCUUAGCCAGGAAAUUUUAAAUGCCGAAAUUGACCACUCGGAUUUGAUUCCGGGCCGCUACGAGGGUGGACUUAAGGUGUGGGAGUGUACGUUCGAUCUAGGUGAACUGAUGGCGGAGAACGAAGAAUACCAAAAAUUCUUCGCCGAUCGUGCUGUUUUGGAUUUGGGAUGUGGAUCUGGCAUUUUGGGGAUUUUGGCGGUUAAGUUGGGUGCCAAGAAUGUGGAUUUUCAAGAUUAUAACAACGAUGUUAUAGAAAAUGUGACGAUGAAGAAUUAUUCGAUUAAUUGCUGCGGUGAUGACACGGAAGCCGGCGAGUACCAAUCGAAAACUGAUGUUCGCUUCUUUGCCGGAAGUUGGAGUAGUUUUACAGAUCAUGUGGAUGUUUUGCAAUACGAUGUGAUCGUAACUUCGGAGACGAUCUACAGUAACAAAAGCUACGAUCAACUGAUUCGCCUGUUCAAUACCAAGCUGAAACCGGACGGAGUUGUCUUACUGGCGGCCAAAACGUACUACUUCGGAGUCGGCGGCGGCCUUCGGCAGUUCGAGCAGGCGCUCAUAGAUUGUCGCACGUUAAGCUAUCGCGUGAUUUGGGCCAACGUGAGUGGAGUAGCAAGAGAAAUAUUGGAGAUCAGACGCAUCAUUCCGCAACAGGCCGAAGAAGCAGACGCGGGUGAUCAGACAGUGUUGCUCCCACCAGCAAUGACCAAUGGAAAAGCCGAAGGAACCGAAGAAGCAGGAGCAGAACUUGACGCAGUAGGACAAGAAGCAGCAGGACAGGAAGCUGUAGGACAGGAAGCCGUAGGACUAGAAGAAGCAGAACAGGAAGCGAAAGUCCAGGAUUCCGUACAUCAAGAGGAAGCACAUGGAGAUGCAACAGAGCAAGUAUUAGCAGGACAAGAGGCAGCAGGACAAGAGGCAGCAGGACAAGAAGAAGUUGGUGAUUGAGACCUCACUCAAUUGGACAUUUCUUUUCUUUUGUUUUUGUUAUUUUUAAUACAAGGUUUUUUUUUUCUAAUACACGUUUAAAAUAUAUUAUCU